AUGUUAGCCAGCGAGGUCGAGAGCUCCAGCGAGCGACGCUUCUUCGAAGAGCGCGAGCAAGUGCGGGGGCUACUGCAGAAACUGGUGCAGACACAGCUCCCAACGCUACAAAGCGACUUAGACCAUGAGUUCCUGGCCGCCCACGCUACCGUCUCUCAGAUCCUGGACAGAUACUUAGAACAGUCACAUCUACUAGACCCUUAUCUACACGAAAUUGUGAACCCUUUAGUAACGGAAAUUAAGCGUGUGAUGACUGAGAGGACCCAACGAGCUAAGACCGACGAUGCGGUGGCCUUCCCCUGCCAAGUGUACCGAAAUCCGAGACUACACAAGCUAUUCCAGAUCAUCUAUCAACUCUGCAAGGUGCGCGGCUACAAGACUGUAGUCAAGCUUCUUCCCCACGAGGUGAGCGACUUUGAGCCGACGCUGCACUUGUUACAGUCACAGGAUCGUACUGACCACUCUGCGUGGGAAACGCGCUACGUGCUGCUGCUGUGGCUCUCCAUGCUGUGCCUGGUGCCAUUUGAUUUAAAUACUAUCGAUUCGUCCUCUUCUAGUACCGGAGACAAUUCCAAUGGGGCAAUCUCGCUAGUGUCCAAGAUCGUUACACUCUGCAAGGAUUAUUUCAGUGACCCAGGAGCUACGCAGGUUGCGGCUGCAGUGUGCUUGUCGCGGCUAUUGAGUCGACCGGAUAUGGAGCAGCUUUACUUGACUCAAUUUCUUAAUUGGGCGAAUGACGAGCUCAUCACUGCAGCUGAGGGCAACGAUACGCGUGUGUUACAGCUCAAAGUGACUGGAAUUAUGCUCUGUUUGGCUCAUAUCACCAAGAACUCGCCACGCGAACAGCAUAUCGAAUUCAGUCGCAUCUAUUUCGCUACUGUUAUGAAGCUAGUGGCUCAUCUUACAGAGAACAAUUCGCGAUCGGAUCGUCCCAGCAGCAGCACGUUGCACCGUAAGCUCAGUGUGAAGCUGGUGCAACGUCUAGGACUUCUGUAUUUGCCUCCAAAGGUGCGAUCAUGGCGAUAUAGCCGAGGGUUGCGAUCACUUGAGCUCAAUAUGCAGUCCUUAGGACUGGCCACUAGUAACACUACCACGUCCACUUCAAGCCUUCCACAAGAUUCUAACGAUGCUGACGAGGAUGACGCGUUUGAAGUGGUGGAGGAACUGGAGCAGAUAGUUGAGGCGCUUUUGUGUGGAUUGCGCGAUAAAGGCACAGUCGUGCGGUGGUCCGCUGCAAAGGGGAUCGGGCGGAUCACUGGACGCUUGCCUUAUGAGUUCGCAGACGAUAUAGUCCAGUCAGUACUCGAACUGUUCGUGGCAACGGAGGAUGAUGGGGCUUGGCAUGGAGCGAGCUUGGCGCUUGCAGAACUGGCUCGUCGUGGUGUCUUACUACCGCAACGUCUUCCUGACGCAGUGGAGUGUGUGGCUAAUGCUUUAAAGUACGACAUUCGAAAGGGCACAUACAGUAUUGGCUCUCAUGUGCGAGAUGCUGCCUGUUAUGCGUGCUGGUCGUUUGCGCGUGCUUAUGAACCGUCACUGCUUUUGCCCUGGCUAAAACAGGCUCUUGCCCCAGCGAUGCUAGUAAACUGUGUGUUUGAUCGAGAGCUCAAUUGUCGUCGAGCGGCGUCGGCAGCAUUCCAGGAGAACGUGGGGCGACAGGGGCGGACGAACUUCCCGAACGGCAUCGAUUUGCUCACAAAAGCUGAUUACUUUUCGGUGUCGAAUCUACGUCAUGCCUACUUGGAUGUCAGCGUGUUCGUUGCAAAGUAUUCCGAGUACCGAUACGCAUUGCUGGAAAAUCUUAUUGAGGCCAAGAUUGUGCACUGGGACGUCCAAAUCCGCACUCUUUCUGCUGCUGCACUGGGGGAAAUAGGUGCAUUGGAUCCUCCCUAUGCCAUGACGCGGCUAUUUCCGCGACUUGUGCGUUUUGCUCUAGCUCCUGAUGCCGACGUGAUUGUUCGACAUGGCGCUGUGAUUAGUAUCGCCGAGUUGCUCGCGAAUCUGGCGCACGUUCCAGUUUAUAUUGAUGGAGAGCUACAAAAGAAGGUCAAGAUGCUGCCCAUUGAGGUUGGGAAACGGCGCCUAUUCCGUGGCCGCGGCGGAGAGAUGAUUCGAGCUGCUGUUUGCAAUUUGAUCGAAGUGAUAUCGAAUUCUCGCCUGAGUCUGGGCUUCGCUCAUGUAAAGAAGUACCUGUCCAUGCUGGAAGAAUGCUUUGUUCACCCGAAUGAAAGUGUGCGCGACGCAGCUAUCGAUGCGUUUGGCGCGUUUACGGCUCAGUAUUGUCCUAAGGUAAUUGAGAAGGGCAGCCCAGCUCAUGUGAGAUACAUGCAGGAAAUUGUCCCGCGUUAUCUUAACUCCGGCAUUCUGGUAGCCUCCAAGGAGAAUGGAGUUUCGGCUCAAGUCCCGAACCCAAAUGUGGCUGCAAGGCGAGGAUUUUUACGCGCUAUGGGGGUUGGUGCGAGGGAGCUUGUUCAACCGUUCAUCAAGCAAGUCGUAGCUGCGGUGAUUCAGUCUGCAUCGCUUCAAGAGAGUCCAACUGAAGAUGAGGAUCCUGGAAGCCGAGUAGCCGCUGUUCAAGCACUAGUUGACCUCAGCUCGCGACCUCCUGGUGAGCUUGAUCUUAACGGCAUGGAAGAGUCUAUAGUUCAGACGCUGGUCCGCUGUAUCCAUCAAGAUUAUCGUCUGGACGAGCGUGGAGAUGUCGGUUCCUGGGUUCGCAAAGAAGCUAUGUUGGGUCUCGAGAAGUUGCUUCUUGGUGAGACUACACACGCGCAAAACCAGUAUGUUGGCUUGAUUGGAGCGACAACGCAGACGGCCUACGGCCAAGGAGUUAUUGUGGAUGGGCUAUCGGACCGGAAACACAAGAUCGGAGAAACUAUUAAUGAAGCUGCGACUGACCCGUUAUGCUUCGUCAAGUUCGAAAAACCGGCGUUAGGGUUUUACCACUUCAGCCCAGAGGGAGUGGGGCUUAUCCACAUGAAGAAACUGGCAGUGAAUGCGAGUGAUGCCGCAACGCAGUUUGCUCGACGCUUGUCUCCGGAUCUCUUCGGCUCGCUGGCGAAGCAACUGGCAGAGAAACUAGAUAAUAUGAGGAUGACAGCCGGAAGUAUUUUAUUCCGACUGCUACAUUCAACUAAUCCUCGCAUUGACGGCAUUCCAGAUCGAUUUCAGCUCGAGAAGUUCUUCCCGUCGUCACUUGUGGUGAACUGGUCCAUGGCUCGUGAUACUUUCCCGUUGGUUGUGAAGAUGUUGGAUAUUCCAGAACUAACCGAGGAAGUUGCAGCAGGCCUCGUUGUUAGUGUGGGUGGUCUGACUGAAAGCGUAGUGAAGGCUUCCGAGGGCGCUCUAUUCGAGUGGGUGCGUGCGCAUUCUCAGACGAAAAAGUUUGGGCUGCUCACUCGAUUCAGCUUUUUCUUGGUGACUCUACUGACACGCCAUCAUCAGGAUGACCGCGUUACGAUUCCUCUCAUGAAGACAAUGGCGUUGCUGUUGGAGUCGAAUCUGUUGCGCUUUUUGCUCGAGAAGCGUCAAGUUGAAGACGACAGUGAAGUAACUACGGCAGACUUUGGAGAACGAUUGUACUCAGCGCUUCGUGACGAAAUUCAGAAGUGCACUGCAGUUCCAAAGCUCAGUGCUGCGAUAAGUGUGCUAAUCGGCUUACUUCCUAGCGACCCUGGGACGGAAUCGAAGACCUUGCGGGCUCUGGUGCUUUUCCUGGGACACAAGUUCCCCAAGGUUCGAAAAAUGACUGCGGAGAAACUUUACACCCGAUUGCUUCUUCAAGACGAGGUUAUCGAGGAGGAAAAGUACGAUACGGUGGUCGAGAUCUUGAGUGAAACAGCGUGGGACGGCUCGAUUUCUCAGGUGCUCUCUGCUCGAAAUGAGCUGUUAGAACUCUUGGGCAUGGACCUGCCCUCGAAGAAACUGGCUGCAACAGCUACACAAGAAGGCACAAGUUACAAAAAUCUCAUCAAGGAAAUGGGCUAUUAG